AAGUAGCUGGAUACCGGCAGCAGCAAAGGAUGGUAAAAAGGUCCUGCUUAUCUACUUCCAACGAAACCAUUUAUUUUGUACAGCAAACAGUGACAUCUUAUGUAACUGUUUUUUCCCUUCGCCAAAGCAACCAAUAAUGUUUUCACAUGUGCACUAUUUCAUAUACAAAUAUGAACUUUGUGAUAUCAGUUUAAGAUUUAAAUUUUACAUCUGCUUUUAUUGAUAGUUUACAAUACCAGUAUAACUUGUUUCUUGUCAUGGAGAGUUUUGAUAUUCAGGUGAGCGAUAUUAGGGCCAUCAUGGCCCUCUUGUUAAAAAUGAAUGAUGUGUUUGAACAUUUCAUGCUGGUGAUAGUGGAUUGAAUUACUAACUACCAGCUGUUAAAUAGUUGGGUAUUACAAACAACCAGCUUGUAGGUAAUUGGUUAUUGGAAUAUCCAACUACUUACUACCAUCAAAAUUAACGCUUAAUGGCCACAUCAUUGAAUAUGUUUAGUAACACAUAGUUACGUAACUGUACCUUCUGUAUCUCGUUACACGAACUUCCUUUUUACAUGUAAAGUUUGUGUUUUACACAGUCAGUAUUGAAAUAUGAAAAUGUUGAAGUGUAAAUUUAUCGUUUUAAUUUUUUUUUACAUUUAACAUAUGCAUGGUCGGUUUUCAAUAGACAGGUUCGUAUACACUAGGUUAAAUUAAACCUAAUACCACAUGCAUUUUGAUAAUUGUUUAUCUAACCAUUUGAAAUUUAAACAUGCUGGAAUUUUGUUUGUUUGGAUUAUUGUUGAUUCUUGUGACAUUUUUGUUUAUCAGAAAAGGUGAGCGGAGAGUGGGCAAUGUAAUCCCUGGACCAAAGGGCCUUCCUUACUUUGGGAGCCGUUUUGAAAUGAAUUUCCUCAAUAUGUAUGGAAAGUGUAUCAAUUAUGCUAAGACUUAUGGGGAUAUUUUUCAGGUCAAGCUUAUGAGUAAUCGAAUAAUUGUAAUAAAUUCUGAGCGAUUAUUCCGAUUGGCAACGACAGGGGAGGAAUAUAAGCUAUAUCUUAAUGAUAGGCCAGCUUCAUUUUAUGGAGAAACGUUUUUGAAUGGAUCACAAUGGGCUUCACUUCAUACAAACGGGUCAAUCAAGGAGCAUGCUCCAUACAGGAAAAUGUUUGCAAGAUUCAUUAGGGAUGCUAAGGCCGAGGAAAGACCUCUGUUACUGGACAAGAUAUCAUGCAAAAAAGGUGUUGAUUUCGAGAUUGUUUCAGAGCUGAAAAGCUCCUUGGCAACGACAAUUUGUAGCAUAUUGAUUGGCAAUGAUUUUAAUGAGCGUGAUCCAAAAUUGGUGGAAGAGUUAAUGGAUAUUACGGAUUACCUUUUGCCAUCAUCCGACGUGAAUGACGCAGUACAGGCAUACCCCUGCUUACGCAUUUUUACACCAACAUAUAACGUUAUGUUUCAACGAGCUUCCGCAAUAAAGUACGCCAUAAUGAAUGUGUAUGUCAAACCACAGAAGGAAAAGUUUGUACCCGGUGUUGUCGGAGGAAUAGUGGAUCAGUCCCUACAAGAACAAAUGGAAGACAUAAAAGCUGGCCGGGAACCACUUCUCACCGACGAUAAAAUAUUUUAUCAAGUGUUAGAAGUAAUGGAAGCAGGCAAGACAGGUUUGGUAGCAUGGUGGACUUUCCUGUCAAAUGCGCUUCUCUGUCUGCUAAAUCAUCCAGAAUAUCAAGACAAAAUGUUUGAAGAACUAGAGCGAGUUGUAGGGCAUGAAAGGGAUGUAAAACUGAGUGAUAAAUCUCAGUGUCCAUUUACUGAGGCGGUUGAGCUAUCUACCAAUUGUUCCUUUCAUAGUUGACAUAAACUUUGAAGGGUACGAUAUACCAAAAGACAGUAUAAUACUUGGAAAUAUAUGGUUAAUUCAUUAUAAUGAAACUAUAUUCGAAGAUCCAUGGAAAUUUAGACCGGAAAGAUGGCUUGACGAAGAUGGAAAACUGGUAAACAAGAACCAUGUGUACAGAAAAAAUUUGAUUCCUUUUGGCUUUGGUUCCCGAAAAUGUCUAGGGAGUCAUUUAUCCUCAUCAAUUUUGUUCAUGCAUUUGUCGUCAAUAUUCAGACGUUGGAAAUGUGUGUCUCCGCCAGGUGCUACAAUGUCUUGUGAUCCUAGAGACCAAAAAUUUUUUGAAAACAAGGUUACCUUACGCCCGAAACCUUUCUACGGACGUUUUGAGGAAAGAUUCUAGUAUGAUGUGUAAUCUCAAGAUAAAUGAGAUUAUCACAGGCGUCUAGCAGUCAAUGAUAUUAUCACAGGCAUCUAGCAGUCAAUGACAUCAUCACAGGCAUCUAGCAGUCAAUGACAUCAUCACAGGCAUCUAGCAGUCAAUGAGAUCAUCACAGGCAUCUAGCAGUCAAAAUUUAUAUACAUUAUUUAAUUCAAGUUUAUUAUCUGUAAAAUCACAUUAAUCACAUUAAUCAUAUUUAAAUCAAACUGGAAAUAUUGUAAACGUUAAACUAACAGUGAGAAUAUAUCAUUCGAAAACAUGUUUUUCUCUAUAAUUACAUCAUCAUUGUGUAUAUGCUUUUGCUUUCAACCAAUUACUUUUCAAUUAUCCAAAUCACAGUUCUAUAACUAGCUGUAAAUAUUAAGUUGACUUUUUUUUAAAAGAAAUUGUGAUGAUUUGCCAAUCUAUUCGUCGCACAUAUGCAAAGACGGGGGUAAAUAAUCUUUAAAUAUUUUCUUAUUUGAUUGAUUAUAUUGUCAAGCCAGGACAUUAAAUACGUUCUGUUGAUAGACAAAAUGGUUAUAUUCUGAAUAUAGUCAACGCCACGAUAAAUUAGUUAUCUCUUUUCAGUAUCCGUUAUAUUAUUAUUAAAUAAUGCUUAUAAAAACGCUUGUUUUGAAAUCCUUAUAACAUAGUACAUAAUCGUGGGCAUUUUUAUUUUGUUGAGUCAUGUAAUAAAUUUAAUUGAUCAUUUAUUAAUCAAUAAAUCGACACAAUGGAAACUAUAACUGGACACCAAAAAUAUAAAAAAGCCUUUGAGAAAUUAAAAUUUAAGGCAUUUUGGGGGAAUAGUGGGCCUAAAAUGCCAGUUAAACAUGGCGCUAAUGGACGUUCUAUUUGAGCCGACAUUUUUUCCGUUGAUCUUCUUCGAUCUAAACAACGCAUUUGCACCCCAUAAGCAACCUAUUUCUCCACAAGUACAAGUAUGUACGGAAUAAAACCCAUAAUGUCACUUGACAUACUUGAAGUACGUUGAUACACACAAAUAAUUGUAUCAUAGUCCCCAUAAUUAUCUAGAUAUUGAAUUAUGCACACGGUUAAAUAGCAAAGACUUCAAUAACCCAAAACGAUGUCAGGUAAAUUACUUGUCCGUUGAAUACUUCACAAUGUAUUAUCCAUGCAUACUUUUCAUGAGCAAAGCAUAUAUGAAUUAUUAUCAUGUACCGUUCAAUAUUCUGGAUUUUUUAGUCACCAAGACCUAUAGCUUUCAUUUUUAAAAAAAUGACAGUCUGAAUAAAACUACUAAGAUUAACACUUUGUUGUUUUUUAGCUCACCUGAGCAAUGCUCAGGGUGAGCUAUUGUGAUGGCCCUGUGUCCGUCGUCGUGCGUAGUGCGUCGUCAACUUUUGAACAUAAACAACAUCUCCUCUGAAACCAAUGACUGCACAUCAACCAAACUUUACAGAAAUGAUCCUUGGGUGGUCCCCUUUCAAAGUUGUUCAAAUGGUUCCGGUCUGUUGCAUAUGCAGGUCAUAG